AUGCACCUGUGGUUCCAUAACGAGUCGUUCGCUAAUACAUUCGAUCUAACCAUGAAGAUACUUGAUGAUGGAAUCAUAAUUGCCGAUUUGCCAAAUAUUGACCUUAUGAAGGCCUCGUUAUUGUGCUUUGUAGAGAAUUUUAGAACAGUUCUCCAUUUUCCAGAUGAGGAUCCUUCGGAAUAUUUAAUCCAUGAUCCUUUCAUAGAAUACCCUGCACAAUUUGUGAGGCUACCUAAAGAGGAGCAAAUAGUGCUGAUAGGCUGGAUGGCUUUCUUCCUCGAGUAUAUCGACCAUGCAGUAGAAAAGGAAUACUUCCUCCGUGAAUACGUUGAUGCGUUGUAUGUCGGUGGGACUCAUAUUAGCGACUAUCUCACAAACUUAGAAGGCUACCUAAAUACUGUCAUAAGCUUGGACACCUCUCUGACAGAAAUUUAUGACCAUUGGUGCAAAUUCUACUAUUCCAUUUAG